UUUUGACUGCCUUUCUGUGCUCAGCCGGUCUUUCUAGUUUCCCUCAGUUGCCUUCAGCUGUUGCUUCAUCUUCGACAUUCAGCCAGGUUCUUUCGAGCUGCCGGUCUGGUCUUCCGCUGCUCUGCCACCUCUGUCAUGCUGCCUUGUCACUGCCGGCAGGACUCUCGGUCCACCACUGCCUUGUUGCCACCUGCAGGCCUUCUGGUUCGCCGCUGCCGCUGGCCAUUUCCUCUGCCCUGCCCCCCAGCCACCUCACUGGUCCGCUGCUUUGUGCUGCCACCGGCCACCUCCUCUGUGCUGCCCCCAGCCACCUCACUGGUUCACUGCUUCGCACUGCUGCCAGUCGCCUCCUCUCUACUGUUCGAGCUGCCGGCGCACCCUGUUGCCUGGUUUGCUACGCUGGUCUCUGCUUCAUUGGGCCGGUUGGGUCGCUGGGCCAUAGGACCUUUCAGUCUUGGGGACCAGUUCUACAAAGAAGCCAUAGAGCACUGCCGCAGCUACAAUUCCCGUCUCUGUGCUGAGCGCAGUGUUCGUCUUCCGUUCCUGGACUCACAGACUGGUGUUGCUCAGAAUAACUGUUACAUAUGGAUGGAAAAGAGGCAUCGAGGACCAGGACUAGCUCCAGGGCAGCUCUAUACAUAUCCUGCUCGGUGCUGGCGCAAGAAGAGACGUUUGCAUCCCCCUGAAGACUCCAGGCUGAAGUUGCUGGAGAUUAAACCUGAAGUUGACCUGCCUCUGAAGAAGGAUGCCUUCACAUCAGAAGGGACCACACUGGAAGCUUUGUUGCGUGGAGAAGGGCUUGAAAAAAAGAUAGAUGCUAAAGAAGAAGAUACUCUACAAGAGAUCCAGCGGGUUUUGGAAAACGAUGAGAAUGCAGAUGAAGUGAACGAAGAGGAAGAGAUAGAAGAAGAUAUUCCAAAACGAAAAAACAGACCCCGAGGACGGGCCCGAGGCUCUGGUGGUGGUAGGCGAAGGAAUGAUGUUUCUUCUAUGGAUGACCAUGACAAACCUUAUGUUUGUGACAUCUGUGGCAAGCGCUAUAAGAAUCGACCAGGACUGAGCUAUCACUAUGCUCACACUCACCUUGCUAGUGAGGAAGGGGAUGAUGCUCGAGAACAGGAGACACGUUCACCACCUGUCCACAGAAAUGAAAAUCAUAAACCCCAAAAAGGACCAGACGGGGCCAUCAUUUCCAAUAACUACUGUGAUUUCUGCCUUGGAGGAUCUAAUAUGAAUAAAAAAAGCGGAAGACCAGAGGAGCUUGUCUCAUGUUCGGAUUGUGGGCGUUCUGCUCAUUUGGGAAGAGAAAGCAGGAAGGAAGAAGCGGCUGCAGCAUAUCCCACGGAGGACUUGUUCGGUUCCACUUCGGAAAGCGACACCUCAACUUUUCAUGGUUUUGAUGAGGAUGAUUCGGAAGACCCUGUCUCAAACUGGAGCAGCAGCUCCCACUCUGCAAAGAAAAAGGGCAGUUGCUAAAAUAACUAUAGUACACAAACUCUAUGAAUGACUUUCUGCCCUUUCUGCUACUUUUAACUCUUAUUGUUGUUAACUGCGUUUUUUUUAGAGCCAGCCAUUUUCACUUUGGGGCGAAUACACUGAAAGCACAACAAACUAAUUUUUUUAAAAAAGAAAACUUCUUUGAAAUCUUUUUUUUUUGGACAAGUUUAUUUUCAAUAUUUCCUUAACAGUGCAAAUGUGAAAUGUGGAUGUCCUUUUUUAAAAGUAAACAAUUAAAUAGAAGAGUGCUAAUUUUCUCAGCUUUUAAGAUAUAUAUAUAUAGGUAUAGAUAUAGAUAUAUAUAUAUAUAUAUUAUACACAGGUACAACACAAAAUCGGAAGGAUUGGACACCAGCAGGUACCUAUCUCAAAUAGUGUUUUAAAUAUUUAUUUCUAUAUUCUAUAUAUUAUUAGAAAGACAUUUGAGAUUAAGGCAAAAAAGCAUGAAAUCUAUGCGGUAAUCUAAUUAUUUAACAAAAAGAGAAACAACGAUAGUAUGAAUAGUUCAAGAUGAAAAGGAAAUCCAAAUGUUUGCAAGUGUGAAUUUUGCACUGCAAAAAGAUUGCAUUUAUUGUAGCACACUGGAUUUUUUUUUCCUGUUCCCCUUUUGUACUACUGCUAUUCUCACCUUUAAGAAUAUACCAAACACAAGGAUGAUUGACAAAAUCACAAACACAAGUUUCCGGCCAUUUGGACACAGUUUUUUUUUUGGUCUUCAUCUAUCCAAGCUUGGCAUCUUUUUAUCAGAAACUGUUUUUUUUUUGGAUCCGUUUUGUUUGUUCUGUCCUUCACCAUUUUAGAAAAGACUUUCUGAGCACAUCUGUAGAAUACGCCCAUUAAUUCUAUGGAUGAAAUAAAUAAUGUGAACCUUGAAAGAAAUGAAAAGAAAAAAAUAUACCUCAUGUUCCUUAUUUUAUUUUUUAAAAAUAAUAUUAAAAACCCAUUUAGUCUUAUUUUUGAUAUUUUUCUUGAAAUAAACCAAAGCAAUACUCACUAAUUUUCAAAGGGCAGCAGAGAAUACCGAAACUGAUUUGCUAUUCCAGCAACAUAAAUUUGAACAGCAGGAUUAAAAAGGUAAGUUGCAAACUAAGCAUGUUUGUUUUUCAUGAAAUGCUUGUGCUUUGAAUUUGUCACAAAUAAUCACUGUUGCUGGUGAAACUCAAAGUAGUGAUACAAAUAAGCCAACAUACGAAUGAGAUAUGAAAUACCUCUUUAUGAUAUAAUCAAAUAGGAAGUGUAUAAUUAAUAUUAACAUCCAUUGUUUUUAAAUAGGGAAAUGAUGUUCACCAAUUUGAGAACAAUCCAGGAUAUUGUUUAAUUUUAAUUAUCUGGAUAACAAAACUGAAAAUCAGUUUCUUGGUUCAGUCAGAAUGGUAGUUAAUGUGAGACUGUCUAGUUUGCAAAUUCUGUAAAAAGAUUAAUAAAGGAUAUUUAGAUAGGCAGAAAUGUUGUUCAUGAUAUCUUAGUUUACUGAGUGAUGUUAAUGAUAUUUUACAUUAAUUAAUAUUUCAUACACAACUGUGGUUAAGAUACAAAUUUAAAAUGAAAAUACGAUUUAGUUAACUGAAUUAUGUCCUGUUUUCAAUGUGUCUAUAUAUACAUUUAUGUCUUUGUGUGUGUGUAUGUGUGUGUGUGUGUGUUGAUAGGCAAGUAGAUUUAUCAGUAAUUGUGCCAUUUCAUAUUACAUUACAAAUACAUUUGAAAAGCUGGGGAAUCAGAACACUAUUGAAUUCAGCAUUCUAUAUCUUAUUUAUUUAUUUAAUUUAUAUGCCUCCCAUCUCAUUCUGCAUAGAGUCUCUAGGUCUUACAUUAGUCAAACAGAUGCAUGCUGAAGGUCAUAAGUAGAAAUAAUUUAAUAGUCCUCUUAUAUUUAAAUAUAGUACUUUUGAUUGAGGAAACAGACCUAUCAGUAGAAAUAGCAAUUCGUAUUUGUUAAUUUUAUGAAUACGUAGUUCCUUUUAAACUCAUCUAAAUGAUAUAACUAUUUGAUGGUGCAGAAUUCUGUUUAAUCACUCCUGAAUUUCCUCACAUUUAGUUUCAGUGGCUUACUUUAAAUUCUAUUAUUAGUAGAAAAACUUCUUGCUCAAUACAUUUUCUAUUCUUUUCUAAUUUAAAAACAUCUUAGCAUUGUAAUCUCUCUCCACUCAUGAUAUAGUUUAUAUUUACAACUAAUCAUAUAAUAUAAAUAAAUCUUCUAAAUAUGCAUCUAUUUAUACCUAAGUCAAUGUACUUCUUUGUGCUCGCCCCCCCCCCCACUUUUAAUGAUGAAUAAGUGGCUAUUCUAUAGCCAAAAGCUUUUUCAAUAAAGAUUCUGUGGGACGUACUUGAUAUAAAACAUACUCAGGAUGCAAAUAGAAGAAAAUAAGUUUAUUUAGACCUAUAAUUAUAAAAAGCAGAAGAACUGCCCAAAUACAUUUAAAUGCACAAGAUCUCUUAAUGCAACAGCAAAGCAACUAAUAAUUUGUUAGUCCAAAGAAAAUAUAACCUUCUUGCUUUCAGAAUUUUAGUCAGACAGUCAAGACAUUCUCAAGAGUUACUUGGCUACAGAUAACAGUAGUUCCAGAAGAAAAGGCUAAUAGCAAUGGGAAAUAUAUAGACUGUUGUUUGGGGCACAUAGUCUUCAAUAAUGAAACAACUUCUAUCAUACCGGUAAAUUAGAUUCCUUAUUUCCUUGUUAAUUAAUAACCAUAUCUGUCUUUCCAUGUAACCUAAUUUUAUUUAAAAUAAGUCAUGUGAAUAUAUAAUUACAUAAUUAUUAUUCAUCUUCAGAGCAAAACAAGGUGCUCUAAUCUCCUCUUGGCAUUGCCCCAAUAGAUUUUACCAUCAGCUGAAAAUAGUACUACUGGGAGUGAAGCCGUUGUAAUUUAGGAGCUUGGUUCUAAGUAUUGGAAAUGUGGGCUUGGCCUAUUUAGGCACUACCCAUUAUUAGACAUACUCUGUUUUAGUGCCAUGCACCCCCACAAUUACAGAGAAAGCGAAAUACAUUGUUGCAAUGGCCUCUGAAAUGAUAGACAACUCAGUAGAUAUUAAGUAAAAGUAAAUGUUUGUUCUCCUACCAUCAGACUUUCAGAACAGUUGUCCAAGAGGAUAGCAAAGUUACUGAUACAAUAAUUUCUCCUUUCCCCAUAUAAUCUCUGUCUAGGUUUAGGGCCAGUACAAGGAAAUGAGUGGUUGUUUGAAAACAAUGAGUUUUCAGAGGGACACCUUUUAAUAUACCAUAAAUUCUAAUAGCAGAUGGAUACUAAUUUGAGCAUCAUGUUGCCUAGUAAAGUUUACAAAUUAGAUUUGAUAAAAAUUAGUAUCUGAAAUCAUCUCAGAUGUAAUCCCAAACUCAUGAAAAUACUUAAAUGCAGGAUACACACAUAAUAGCAUAUUGGUUUAUUUCACCCUUAACCUCCUUUCCCCCAGCAGACACCCAUAGGUAUUGUUCAAUAUUAGUGGUUGCUCAAAUUUGCUAUUUUUUCAAUUUACUGCAUGUUUCAGAGAUGGAGCAAAUCAUCCCUGCUAAUGCCUGAAGCAGAUCAGAUAGCUAAUAAGCACAGCCUGUGCAAGGGACACCAUCUGUGAUAAAUGCCUUCUGUGCCUGCUGUCAAAUUAUAAUCUGGAAAAUUAUUUUUAUCAUUGUCGUGGUCAGAAACAAAAACAAAAUCUGUUGUCCAAAAUUUGAAUUAAUCCUAUAAUUUGCUUUGUUACUAUAACAUUCACAGUCUGGCUGUUCUAUUGUACAGUAAACUGUAUGAUACACCCUAUUCUGUUCUGUUACUAAUGUUGUCAUUGAUCGUGAAAAUACUAAAAUCAGGUUUAAAGUGAAAGUUCUCUUUAUAAAUAAAGAUUUACUUGAAGGAAGACAGAAUAAAAAGUUUUAGAGAAUUCUGUAUAGCAGAUUAUGAAUUGUACAGAAGGAAAGUAAAAAUCCUAUUUUUUAACAUUAGAACUUCAAUAUUACUUCCCCAAUUUUAGGCUUAAAACAGUUUGUAUAACUAAAUAUUCAUGGAAUUUUGCACAAUAUGAUAAUUUGUAAUUGACAUGCAUUCUCCAAAACUAGUUGCUCUUCAAUAAAUUUUCCAAAUUCUAAUGAUUGAACAGAUAUAUUUGAAAGGACUUUCUUAUGGCCACAAUUCUUUCAUCUGAAUGGAUUAUAGCCAGGGGGGAAAGAGGGCGUAUUUGUAUGAUAACCCUACCGUAUAGUUGUAAUCCCCUACUUAAGGUACAAAACAAUUGUCAGCCUCCCCAAUAGACCAGAUCAGACUGUCUGACUAAAUUUUGCCAGUCUUGAUAGCAGAAAUCUCCUGCCCUCUCUUUUACAGCCUGAGAAGUUAGGAAGGCUCCUUUCUGAGUUUUUUCUCCGUCCAUUAUACUGCUCCGGGCUUCCCCAGGCAGCAUCUGUUGCCUGCUCCCAAGGUCAUUCCCAUAUAACAUUACAACAAUGAAAUUAAUCUUCACUAAAUUAUUAUGGUUUAUUCACUAUGUUAAACAAGGGAAUCUUCUUUUCAAUCUAUAUCUAUGGCCUUCAAAGAACUGGCCCAUGAUUUUAAAGCUGCCACAUAUUGACAGAUCUAAACAAUGUGAUCUGAUUGCAGAACACCAUUUUAUCUUCAUCAGAAUCUGGAUGGUAUGAGCACUUGGAGGAUCUUUCCCCAAGGUAAUAGUAUGAUGGUACUCAACUCUUAAAUAAAAGGAAAUGUGCACUUAACAGAAAAAGAAAAAAAAUUAAUCAAACUGAGUAGCACAACAUCUCAUAAGGUAGGGACAGAACAUAUUGUUAACAGUGUUUAUAUAUAAGAAUAUAUAAUAAUUCAGUGACUAGUGAAUGGUCUCAUUGUCUAUAGUCAAUAGAGAAUGACAACAGACCAUUGAGAACUGACCAUGUUUAAAUGGCAUAAAAAGCUAGUUGCCAGAGAGUGGAGAAAGAAUGGAAUGGUUAGAUAAAGGAAUCAAAUGUAUCUCUAUUAUAUAUUUUAUUGAUAGGCACCACUCAUUUGUCACAAUCACAGAUUUCUUAUCACCAUGCAUCUUUUAAAAAAUCAUUAUUAAAAUCAGAAACUGAGUAAGAAAAUGCACAAAUCAAAUGCAUUCAUAAUAAGCAGUAUAGGGUUGCUUGGCCUGAUUUUUAGCAGCAAUCUGUUAAUUUAUAAAAAUUCUGAAUUUGAUUCAGGUAUAAUAUAAACAUUCGUGUAAUAAAUCUUUCUAAAAAUUUAUCAAGUCUUAAAGAGGUUGGUGACUAUGGUGGUACACUUUUGUAAAAAUUAUCAUUGUCGCUAUUUUUAGCAGCUCAGAGGCUGAAGGAUUGGUAUGUCAACUAAAUCCUCUAGGAGAUGGUUUAGGUGAAGAAUAAACUGAAACUUUUUCAUUUACUUCUAGCAUUAAAACAGGCAGCUAUCAUUCCCUUAUAUGGUCUACUAUUCUUAGACUUGUCACAUAAUUCUACUUAGCUUUAAACUACUGUAUCAUGAAUUUACAGUGUCAGUUCUUGUAGCGAAGUCCUGGAUUUCAUCCAUACUUCUAGAAGGGUGAUGACAUGUUAUAUAUAGUAGAGAGUACUUGUAUCUUUUUAAAAGUUUGGCAGAAGCCAGAAUUCCAGCAGAUUUUCUCCACCCUGAGUGUUAUUGUGACAUAUGUACUAGCUAAAUUCAUGUAUCUGCACAACUAGUUUAGAGUAAUAGAGGUACAUUAAAUAACACUUUGGAGGGAGGAGAUUCUGCAACCGAGUGCUGGACCAAUGCAUUGCCAUGAUUCUGCUCUUAUUAAUGUAGGUUCAUUGUAUUUGCAUUGAAAAUCUAAAAUGUUUCAAGUGUCAUGGUCCCUGACUAUUAUUGCUUUACAUGUGUGAAGUAAAUACAAUUACUAAAUCAUGGGUUUUUAAUCAUAUACCAUAAAUGGAGCCACUUGUCUGGAAGAACAGAAGUGAAAAACAUAGGGAAAAGAUGGUUGAGAUUUUUUUUUAAAAAAAAUAUGUUUCGUCUGGAAGCUGGCCCUACUCAGUAAUGACAGACUUAUAUCUUGAUUACUCCAGAGCUGUGAGGUUAUGCAGUGACACAAAGCAGGUUCCAAAGAAAGACUUAGCGUGUUUUGGCUCAUCCAAACUUGGAGAUGGGAUUUCUUGUUAUACCAGUUAUUGCUAUUUUUUAAAAAGAAAAUCUGUUUGCUGUUUGAAAUAUCUUUGAGUUUUUUUCUUUCUUUGCUUUUCUUCUGCAGAUAACACCCCUGUGCUUACUUGGAAUCUGAAUCCUUCAUGGAAUCUAUGGAAGAAAUCAAUCAACUAAGAGUGUUCAAAAUGCUCUGAUCUUUCUCAAUUGCCUGAUCCUGUCUCACCUGUGUCUUGUUCCCACACGGGACUUUGGACUAUGGAAUGCCUGCUGGCACUUGCUCAGAGAAGUUUUGGGGGUUCCCUAAGCUUGUGCAAUACAAAAAAAACCUUACAUUUUUUUUAAAAAAGAAAAAUAUCUUUAAAGUGUUGUGCGAGUUUGUGUGUGUGUGUAUGCGUGUAUAUCCAGGUCAAACUGGAACUGUUCAGCAGCAGAAAUGACUGAAAACAACAAACUAAUGGGGGGGAAAAACUUGACAUAAACUAGAACAAGUUAUUUUAUUUAUUUCAAUAUUUAAGAGAGAAAAGUAGUGCUGACAUUGCACAGUAUUUUUGUUUAAAAUUGAUUUUACUUCAGCAUUUAAAGGCUCUUUUUGUGAAGGUGGGACUUUUGCAAAGCGCUUAAUGCAAGAUAAAGGCUGUUUACUUGCAGGAUAAUUUUUUAAAGUUAUGAAAAUAAAGAUAAACGUUGCUCUCUCUUAAACUUUAAAUAUGCCAUUCAUAGACCAUGCUUGGGUUUUCGUUUUUCAAUAUGGAUGUGGUAAGUUUAAAUUAUUCUGAAUUAUUUUGAAUGUCUACUAAUAUUUCCUACUUAGCUAUACUAAAUUAGACAAAAACCCUACUCUAAACAAAAUAUUUUGAAAAUCAAAUGCUGAAUUCUGGACAGAUGUUUAAACCAUAGAAUAACAAAAAUGUAGACAUUAGCAAUAAUGCUACUGAAGCUAGGUGUUUUUAAGGGAAAAAAUGCUGUUUUCUGUAACAUUUUCACCUCAUGCUAACAAAACGUGAACAACUUAAUAUUUAAUUACUGGAAUAGUAUAUUUGGAGAAAAGCCUAUACCUCUAAUAGUAUUAUAUGAAACAUUUGAAAGAACAUUUGGGGUCAUGUAGAAUAUUAAUUUUCUUUUUCUAUAAAUUAUAAAAUGGUCACAGACCAUAGCUGUUCUCUACUAAAGUUUUUUUUAGGACCAAGGUAUGAUCCAUGGACAAUUGGUGCUUAUAAAGUUAUGUGUCAGAGAGACUUCCUGUUAGAAAGUAACACGGGAAUAAGAUUGUUCUAAUCAUUUUGCUUGGAGGUGCAUGUAAAUAAUGGAGCAAUAAAUGAUCCUGGAAGAGGUCUGGAAAAAGUUCCCUUCAAAAUUAAUUAUGCCAGAUGAUGUAAAAAAAAAUCCAUUGUGUGUGUGGACCAGCAAUAUCUUAGAAUUGUAUGAUGCAAAACAAUUGUAUGCGUGCUUGCCUGGAAGCAGGUUUUGCAGAGUUUCAGUGGGACUUAUUCCCUAAUAGGCAUGCAUAGAAAUGUUUAAUCUGGUGUGUAGUUAAAUACAGUAAUUCUUGGAUAAAAUCUAUUUGCCAUAAAAUACAGGUAAAAAAACAUUAUAUGCAUUUCUAAAACCUCAGUCGCCACUGUAUGCAUGCACAAUUCCUUAUAUAUUUAUAUAUAUAUGCAUCAAAUCCUAUUAGCCAACUAACAGACAUUCAGGUCUAACAGACCCUCAUUCCUCACAUUAGACCAUUAAAUUGAACAUUUAAUGUCAUAUAUUCUUUUAGGGUAUAAAUGUGACAUCUAUUCUCUGAAAUUCUGGGAGCAAUCAUUUGAUGAUGCACCAUCACUAUGUAAUUCUUUUAGCCUUUUUCAGGAGUCCAGGAAUAUGAAUCCACAAUUAAGUAAAUUAAAGUUGCAUGGCAGUGGUGCUGUAAAUUUUGCACAUCCUGUUGUCUCUCAGGGGCUAGAUAUUAGGGCAAUGCAGAAUCUAGCCCAGAAGAAGCACUAUAUACAUUCUAGUCAUGGAAUCCAAUAUGAGAAGUUAAUGUCCCAGGAUAUUGCACACUAAAAAUAAUGAAAUUCCGGUUAGGAUCAAUAGGUGAGGAAAAAGACUCCUAAAAUUAUAUCAAUUACAACUCAUAAAUUACAAUUAUGCUGCCAUUUUAUAUAAAUAUUCCAUUAGAUAAAAAGAUUGCAUCCAUACUGAAGAGCUUUUGUGUUCACAUACAAUUGAUUUCCAAGACAUAUCCUGUACACUUUUCUGUAAAUAUUUAUUUGUCCAUCUUUUUUAAAAGAAAAACUUGUGAAAUUGCAAUUGCUGUAUAUAAUUUUUGAAGGUCCUCAUUGUUUACAAUGCUGUCCUCCAGUCUGCAAAUAAAACUUCCUUCUCUAAUUAUUUUUGGUUUUUUUCCAAUUAAUAAAUGAUUACUUGGUUGCUUAAAUGCUUUUUAUCAAAGUAUUGUUUAAAUUUUCCCUAUUGCUUUCAUUUUGGAGCAAAAGAGAACAGGAUAUACAAAAACAGCUGAUUAACAGCACUCUUCUGUUCAUGUAACCCAUUCCUUUGCCCAUUGAGCAGCAAAUUGGUCUUAUUGGUCUAAAUAAUCUCUUUCAACUUGUAUGAUUCCACUACCUAAUCUAAUCAUCUUCUCCGGGAGUUAUACUUGUCAUUGACUGGGCCUGACUGAGUUGGAUUACAACAUUAAAAGGAGAAUAACAAGUUUCACAUGCCUGGUCUUGCAUAACCCAAAGCCUUUCCCAGCUCUGCUACUUCCAGUUCUAGGAAUGUCAUGUUAUCUGAACUUUUGAAAGUUGCAAUCUUAAUAUUACUGAACCCAACUUUCAGGGAGACUGAAAUGGUUUCUACAAACUGUAGGGUAAGAAAAGAAGACUUAAGGACUUUUUAAAUUGGCUUUUUUAUGUUGAAGAAAAAUAGCUGUCUGGAGCCCUGACCUGGAUUAAACCCUGAUAUAAUCCAGAAGACACAAUUAUUUUUUUUUACAGAAAAACUACUAAUGCAAGCAUCAUAAGCUAAGGAGUCAUUUGGCCAUAUGGAAAUUAGCCAUAGAAGCAAAAAUGAGUUCUCUCAGACUCACAUUGGAUAGCACUGAGUUUUAGAAACAAAGUAAAAAUAGAUUUUGUAAGCUUGUUCUUUAAAUUACAUAAUGUGUAAUUUAAGUCUCAUUUAUUUAUCUAUAAAAUUUAUAUAGACUUGAUACUAUACAGGAGAAGUAUAAUAAUUUAAGUGUACCCAGAGAAAUAUAAAAUUUGGAGCACAUUACAUUGGGGAAAUCUGCAGAAAAGAUCAUGUGUGCAUGCCAGUUCAAUGGUGUUUUGAUCAAGAUUUUAAGCAGCAUGGUUACAAAUAUGUCUAUAAUAUGUUAAGCAAGAUUAGUCUACACAAGCUAGAAAUUAAUUCUGGUGCAUGCAAAAUAUUGCCUUCUGAAGGAAGUAUGUUUAAGAUCAGAAAGCCAGAGAUAUUCAUUCAAUGCUAUACUACGACGCCCCAUUGCUUGGGUAAAUUCUCUUUCUGUUCUUCAAGAAGGUAAUGCUUUCUAUGUUGAAAGCUGAAACCAAACAAACCAUAAGAGGAGCCCUAGUAGUGCAGUCAUUAGAAGUCAGUACUGCAGGCUAACUCUGCCCACAGCCAGGACUUUGAUCCUGACCAGCUCAAGGUUGGCUUAGCCUUCCUUCCUUGCAUAGUAAAAUGAGGAUCCAGAUUAUUGGAAACAAUAUGCUGAAAUUUGUAGACUGCUCAGACACUGCUGUAAAGCACUAUGAAGUAGUAUAUAAGUCUAAGUGCUAUUGCUAUGAAUGCAAUAUAGCCUGUUCUGUCAGCCUAGUCAUUAUGGUUUGUAAACUCUACUUUAUGGCAGUUCUUCCUAAUUUGGAUGCUUUCCUGAUGUUUGGAUACAAAUUCUGAGAAUUCUUCUGCUAGUGUUGAUGUUGCUGAAACCUGUGGAAAUUUGGGUCUAUUUUUAGAGUGUAUGGUUUAUGGCCUAGCAUUGUAACUGAACAAUGGUGUAGCUUAUUCAGCCAACCAUGCUUAAGUCUGACUGAACUGAUUGAAUCAGGAUCCAACACUACAUUCCAUUGUGUAUUAUAGAAAGACUGCAAUACACGUUUAGAUUUCUCAGACUGUAAUUUCUCGAUUCUGAAAGCUAUUCAUAUAUUUUACUUCAAAUAUACCAGCAUAAUAUAUUUUAGAAAAGUUAGAAAGGUAGGUAUAAUAAAAAUGAUGUAUGAUAUGGAACAAGAUAAAGCUGUUUCAAAAGAGAGGUCAUUAAGUGUUUCGAUAAUCUUUCAGUUUCAAAAAGUUAUUGGGGUAGGUACAGGUGAGACCGUCAUUACAAAGCAGCAUUUAUUAAUCUCAGCAACUUUAAGAUCUGUGGUCUUCAAUUCCCAGAAUUCUGAGAGUCAAAGUCCAUACAUCUUAAAAUUGCUGAGGUUGAUAAACACUGUCAUAAAGGAUACAUUUGAAUUUUUUUCCAUUUCCAGUAAGAGAUGGCACUGUAGUAUAGAGGCAUAGAUUCAUUUAUUUUAAGUAUGAAUUUACACUCUUUUAUAUGCUAAGCAGUAUCACAAGUCAUGCAAUCACAAUACUAUUUGUGUUAAGAGAAACAAGGUCAAAAAAGGGCAUUAUAUUAGAACUUGUGUGUUUAUGGGAAAUGUUAAGGUGUUUUUUUUUUUUAAUCCAGUCAGACAUUCUGCAUUUUUGCAUCCAUACCCUUGUCUGUUUUGUUUUGUUUUUUUGCUUGGUUGCACAUUUUCAAAAGGUUAGUGAGCUUGUCAGUUAACUGAAUGCUUUGUGGCACGUGAACCUGUCUGGGUGGAAAGCCUGUGGCAAACCAAUCAUAAAUUUCUGAGCCCUACAGAAAUUUUCUUCUAGGAUAAACUUGGUUGAAGAUGUCAUGAAAACAAAAAUGGGUGCAGAUAUAGUAUCUAUAACUUUUGGGUUAUAGCUAGUCAUUCUGCCUAGUCAUUUUAUUUUCAGUUUCAAGUCUGUUCUAUUUUUUUUUUUUUUGCUUGAGAAGUAAACAUUGAAAUGCCCAUGUGUAGAGAUAUAAUAUCUAAUGACAGCUUUUACCAUAAAUAGACAACAUCUUUUCAUUUUCCAUUGCUGAUAAGAGAUUAUUUUAUUUUUAAGAACACUUCACACUAUUACUUUAGAUUCCAGCUGUUCAGAUAAAUAUUCCUACCAUUAAUUCCCCUGUACUGCAAAUUAGUAGAAUAUGCAAAGACAGAUUUCCUUCCUGUUAGCUACUUUUGGCAAUGGAUCUUUAUAACCCAUAGUGUUUUUUUUAAUAGUGUGCUUCUCUGGAGGUUGCAGUGACCUACUUUGCUCCCAAAUUGUGUCAGGCUGAUGCAUGAAUACAAUUCUUUCUCAGAAGUCUUCAUGAACAAAGAGCAAGUAGCUUGCCUUGCAGCUACCGUAGUAGUUUCAGGGCCAAAAAGGUGAAGAAGAGCAUUAGCUAUUUAUCCUAAUGAGGAGAUUGUAAGCAGCCCCCUGGUAGUUUUCAGGUUAAGACUUUUGUCUAUAAUACUGUGUGCCUGGAUCUAGGGUGGGUGGGUCAGAGUUUAUCCUUUUUAAUGGAAAGCUCAGAGGCCCUCAUUUAUAUUGAUAAAGAUGUUUCCUUGUCAGGAGCUCAAAUGUUGGAAGGUGGAGGAAGUGAUGCCUUAGUCCUUAAGCUGAACAGGCAGUGAAUCUGUGUGCAGUCUGAUGAUACAUCGUAGGUUAUAAAAGGUUCUAUUGGGACAUGGUAUGCAAGGUUUUUUUAAAAAAAAAAUAUUUUUAUUUGUACAUUCACCCUUUUUUUUGUCUUCAUUGAUUUGUUUACCUCUUUUAUGUUCUGUCCUAGUAACUGGCAGAAAAAAACAAAGAUUUUUAUUCUGGGAAUGUUCCUGGUCCUGCACUGCCCACCCAAUGCAUGUCAGAUAGACAAACAGGGCAUAACUAGUUUUGCUGUUUCACUAUUCUGUCACAUAGAUCUUGUUUUACAGAAGGAAUCCUCCUUGGAACAUAAUUCUUUCAUUUGGUGCCCGUAGAGAUACUUAAGAUUUAGAAAUAUAGUUGCAAGGAUUGUGUAGUGCUUCAGCUGUGAUCUCUGAAAGACAUUUUGGAGCAUAUGGGAGUGUAAACUUUGUGCCUGUCUGCAAUUCAAAGCAGCUACCUCUUUACCCUGGAUCAAUGUUUUAAAGCAGUAUUUCUCAACUCAGCAACUUUAAAGUAUUUGGACUCCAACUCCCAGAAUUCCUCAUCUGACUGGGGAAUUCUGAGAAUUGAAGUCCACAUGUCUUAAAGAUGCUGAGAUUGCGAAACUGUUUUAAAGUAAAGCAUACUUGGCAUAUUCUUGCCUUGUUCAUACCCCUGUAUAGUUUGAAGUAUAUUUUAGAGAUCCAAUCUAAAUAUUGCACAUAUUAACAUUUAAUAGCUAGAAAAUAUUCAGGGUAUCAUUAGGAAAGAAAAGAAAAAGGGAGGUGGGGGUGAGUGGAAUAACAUACAUUUAUAAAUUUAUAUUAUAAAUUUAUAUUAUAAAUGUCACAUAAUCGAGAGAUGAGUAUGGCUAGCUCUCUAAAAUUUAGAACAAGAGCUCUUCUUGUAGAAGAGUCCUCUAAAAACCAGUCUUAUAUGAAUCAUGUACCAAAUGUUACCAUUUGCCAUAAAAAUAUCUCACUGCCAGAAAAGAUUGAGAAGGAGAUAAAGACUAGCAGUUUCCCCCUCAAAAAGAAAAUGUUUCUAUGCAACCCAGAAAAAAAUGAUCAUUACAGUAAAUGCAUCACAUAAUCUUGCUGCCUGUGCAAGAUUAAAAAACAAAAAAGAAAAGAAA